AUGGAUUAUUUGAGGGGGAUAUCACCCAGCCAAUUGGUGACCGCAUGCCGGGAAAAGUUUUUCCCAUGCCGGCGAACCCUUCCCCAGAUUAUGGCGAGGCAUGGGGCGAUUUUCUGCAAUGGACGCGCCUUGUUCGUAGUGAAGGGGUGGCGGCGCAACGGGUUCAAAUGGGAUGAUGGCUCUGCGCAAAGGCACGGGCAAUACAAACGGUUAAGGGCCUUCCGGGGGCGAGGAUGCGGGACAUUCGGGGGCCAUCGUUGGGCCUCAAAAAAGAGGAUAAUCCUUCAUACAGGCUACCAUGAAGUGUCAGAAGAAACAUUCGGCAUCACCACCACCAUCCAGCAAGGCACGAUGUUUCAGUUGUGGCCGUAUUGGGCAUUAUAG